GAUUAUUAAUAAUUGGUGUAUUAAUAUUACCUUUUCUCAUCUUUUCCUACGUUUGUCUCCUUAUUUUUUGCAGGCCCUUUUCGUUGGCCACCCCGACAAGCACCCGAUAGUCAUACUGAAAGAUGUCCCCUACGUGGACAUGCGAAGCCUUUUGGAUUUCAUGUAUCGCGGGGAGGUGAGCGUCGACCAGGACAGGCUGACCGCCUUCUUGAGAGUAGCGGAAUCUCUCAGGAUAAAGGGCCUGACCGAGGUAAACGAGGACAAGUGUGACUUGCCCAGUAUUACCUCCUCGUUGCUUGGCAAUCAAAACACAGUACCUCCACCACCACCGAAUCUACAUAGAAUAAACCAAAUCGGGCCUCACCACCACGUGUCCCAGAAGAGGAUGCACCACAUGUCGAGCCAUCCCCUGUUGGGCUCGGCCUUGUCCGCGCCAAAGAGGAAACGGGGAAGGCCGAGGAAGCUGAGCGGCUCGUCCGACACACCGAUCAGCGAGCUCUCCGCCCAGGAGCUGCAGUCAUGCUCGGGGGCCGACCUCGUCCAGGGCUCGCCCGAGAUGAUGGAAAUGAAGAUGAGUAUCGACUUUCAGAGCGAGGGCGCCGGGAACACCGGCAGGAAUUCCGGGAACGCGAGCAACAGCAGCAACAACGUGGGCAGCAAUAACGUCGGGGGCAACUCUGGAUCCGGGACGGGCACCGCCAACCUCCCCGCCUCCUCCUUGUCGUCCGCGAGGAAGGACGAGCCAACGGAAAAUGGUACUGACACGCCUGAGUCGCUGACACCCCGCGUGAAACGGGAACCCGAACCGACGCCUAGCACCUCUGCCCAAGGUAAAAAUUCACUCUUUCACCCUUCCUUCCUUCCUUCCUAUCUUUCUUGCUUUCUU